AUGAGUUCUUAAUAAAAUAAAUAGAAAGAUGUAGUCAAUAAAUAAAUGAUAUUUGCACUGAAUCCAAAGUAGGAUUCCAAUUUAAUAGAUCCAAUCAAAAUUAAUAAAUCUAAUAGUUAUGAUCCUAGCUAUGUGAAAAGUGAACCAUUGUAAAAAACAAUAAGUUAAGUAUCUAAUUCAAACAUUGGACCAUUUCAAGACAAAGAUUAAUCAGUAAACUUUAUUAUCAUUAUGUUAGAAGCAUACUAACGAGGUUAAAAAUUAGAAGAAAUAAAAUAAAAUUAAGUACAUUGCAACACGGUAAUUGUAUCAAUAUAUAUAUUUAGUUCAAUUGCUGGAUUAAAAGCCUAUACUAAAGCAUAGAAAGAUAAUUAAGAUUCCUUAUUCUACAAGUUGGAAAUAAAUAAGUAAGUAGAUAAAAACUUAUUCCUUUUGGCUGAUGGUCAUGGUGAAUAAGGAACAAAAGUAUCCUAAUAUGCAAUAAAAUCACUUUCUGAUUGCAUUUAUGAUAUGAUAGAAUCCAUGAGCACUUAACCUAAAUUUAUAGAACAACUAAAUUCAAAUAUUAUUACCUCAUUCUAAAAAAUUGAAUCCAAUCUAGUAAGUAAUCUAUCUAAUGUUUUAGGUAAACUUAUCCAAUAUUGAUAUAACAGAUAGUGGUACUACAAUGAAUUUGGUUAUAACUUUUGAAAAUUAUUUAAUAUCUGCUAACAUAGGAGAUACGAGAACAUUUUAUUUUUAAAGAAGUGAUAAACCAGAUUAACUUGGACCUGCCACUUUAAGAAUUAAGUAAUUGUCAAAUUAGCAUACACCUGAAAAAGAAAUAGAAUCUUAAAGAAUUUUAGAAUCAGGUGGGAAGAUUGAAUAAGACACUUAAGGAUUUCAAAAGACAGGACCAUUAAAAGUGAAAUCAAAAAAAUAAGAUAUAAAAGAUGCCACUAUUACAAGAUCAUUUGGAGAUGCAUUGGCAAAAUAAGUUGGAAUCAUUUCAUUACCUGAUAUCCAUACUUUCCAAAUUUAGCAAGAAGGUUUUUUAAUAUUAGCCACUGGAUCAAUUCUAGAUAUGAUUGAUAUUAUAGACAUUUGUAGAAUAUUGACUCCAAUCACUCCUCCAAAUAGUUAGGCAGCUAUUGAUAAUGCAGCAGGAUAAAUUAUAGAGGAGGCAAGAAAGAAGGCAAAACUUUAACCUGAUAUAUAGGAUGAUUAUUCAUUGAUUUUAGUUUAUAUUGAUAUGGAUUUAGCUUGA